AGCUCGUCUCUUAGAGUUCAAGGCGCUGAGCCACAUCACUCCCUCCAAACGCUCCCUUUCUUCUCAGGUGCCCGGAGCCACCAGCCCAGAAGGAUCCGGACCGAGCUAGGCCGGGUAACUGCGCUGAGGCGCCAUGACGACUCUGGAUGAUAAGUUGCUGGGGGAGAAGCUGCAGUACUAUUACAGCAGCAGUGAGGACGAGGACAGUGACCGUGAGGACAAGGAUGAAGGCGGGAGUGCCCUGGCCAGCAGUUCCAUGCCUGCAGAUGCUGAGUUGGCAGGCGAAGGCAUCUCAGUUAACACAGGUCCAAAGGGGGUGAUCAAUGACUGGCGGCGCUUCAAACAGUUGGAGACAGAGCAAAGGGAGGAGCAGUGUCGGGAGAUGGAAAGGCUGAUCAAGAAGCUCUCAAUGACCUGCAGGUCCCAUCUGGAUGAAGAGGAGGAGCAACGGAAACAGAAGGACCUCCAGGAGAAGAUCAGUGGGAAGAUGACUCUGAAGGAGUUUGCCAUGAUGAGUGAGGACCAAGACGAUGAAGAGUUUCUGCAGCAGUACCGGAAGCAGAGAAUGGAAGAGAUGCGGCAGCAGCUUCACAAGGGGCCCCAGUUCAGGCAGGUGUUUGAGAUCCCCAGUGGAGAAGGGUUUUUGGACAUGAUUGAUAAGGAACAGAAAAGCACCCUCAUCAUGGUCCAUAUCUAUGAGGACGGCAUUCCGGGGACCGACGCCAUGCAUGGUUGCAUGAUCUGCCUUGCCGCUGAGUACCCGGCUGUCAAGUUCUGCCGGGUGAAGAGUUCGGUUAUCGGGGCCAGCAGUCGGUUCACCAGGAACGCCCUUCCUGCCCUGCUGAUCUACAAGGCGGGUGAACUGAUUGGUAAUUUUGUUCGAGUCACAGACCAGCUGGGUGAAGACUUCUUUGCUGUGGACCUUGAGGCUUUUCUACAGGAAUUUGGAUUGCUCCCAGAUAAGGAAGUCUUGGUGCUGACGUCUGUGCGUAACUCCGCCACGUGUCACAGUGAGGACAGUGAUUUAGAGAUAGACUGAACUGACAGUCCAGUGGCGUGGAUUUUUCAUUGUUUGGGCUGGAAGACAUGUCUCUUGUUUGUUUUUAUUCCUUUCUGUGUCUCCUGGCUUCGCAGCAGUUCUUUGUAGUCCCUUUUAUUAUACAUAAAGUCAAGAAAUUGUUACAUUAAAUCAGAAUGCUGAAUCACCUUGUGGUUAGCAGUGAAGUGACUUAAAACUGUAUAAACAGGAACCAGGCUUUUGAAUGGUUUACUUCAGAUCCUCCAGCAUGACAGCCUCGUUGUUUCGAGUCAAUAUUUACAUAGCAUCCUAAAGACAGUAUCCUGGAAAUUGUCUGAAGAUGAACUCAGAGGCCCCUGCCAAGUCCAGGAGCAUAAUUCUGUAGUUAGUGUGUUGUUUGCAACAUAAAUAGUGCAUUUCCUUCAUCAAAUGAUUGUAAGUUUAUUUCAUUCUAAUCAGAUCCAUAGUCCAAGAAGGCAGUUAAAUUUUUUCCCCAAGACCCCGUUCUCUAUUGGGGUCUUUUUUUUUAAAGAUUUUAUUUAUUUAUUUUUAGAGAGAGGGGAAGGGAAGGAGAAAGGAAGGGAGAGAAACAUCAAUGUGUGGUUGCCUCUCAUGCGGACCUGGGUGCAAAACCACGCAUGUGCCCUUACCGAGAAUCCAACCAGCAACCUUUGUUUCAUAGGCUGGUGCUCAAUCCACUGAGCCACACCAGCCAGGGCUAUUGGGGUCUUUUUUUAAGGUUCCAAAUGAUGUGUGUUUGCCCAUCAAGAGGGGUGGUUUCUGCUGCUGGAGCCCAUGUGCCCCUGGAGCAUUAAGUCUAGAGUGGGGGGAAGACAGUUACAGAUGAGGGCUGGGGAGGGGGUGGCACGCUGCAAAGCCUUUUUAAAGGAGGAUCUUUCAGUAACAUGCUCCUGCUCAGUCCUUCUCUGUCUUUUAUUUAACACAUAAUCUUUUUUGUUUAAUGUGGAUAUUUUUUCUAAGCUUUUCUUCCAAGAUGUUUUCUGUGUUGGCAUAGAUGUUUUGUUGUUGAACAGUGGGAUCAUUUCUGAACAUGCUGUUUAUGGUGUGGUCAGCCAAUGCAGCAGACUUUUUCCAUGUUAUAAAUCCUCUCCUACAACAUUUCUAAGUGGCUGUGGAUAUUUCAUUGUAUGGGAUGUGCUGUAAUUUGCUCAUUGGUUGUCUCUUAAAAAAAGCACAGACUUUUUUAUUAUAAAAGGAAUAGAUAAUAGAUAUAGAAAAUGUUUUAAAAAUUAAGCGAAAAAGAGAUAUAAAAAGCCUUAUAAUUCUACCAACCAAAAAUAAUCCGUUAUCACUUUUACAGAUAUCUUUUCGGUCUUCUUUCUGUGUAUGUACAGUAAUGAUUAUCACUUAUGUGUUUUCUUUUCUCUUUUUUAACCGAGGGUCGGGGAAAAUGUAACUUGCAAUUAAAUAUUAGCUAUAAAAUUCAGUUUUGCUUUUCCUGACUGUUUAGGAAUUGACUAACUUAGAUGGUGGGUCUUGAAAAUACCCGUUGUUGUUAAUCAACUAAAAGAAAAUGCUCGGUUUUUCUGACUAUGAAAGCUCAUUGGGAAAAUGUGGAAAGUACAGAAAAUUAUGAAUAUCAGAGGCAACUGUUGUCAAUGUUCUAGUUUAUUUCAUUUUUCAUUGUUUUUAAUAACAUUGAGAACUUACUGAAUUUAGUUAUGUGUUAUGUUUUAUUUAAUAUUAUAAAUCUUUUACAUGUUAUAUAAAUUCAAAAUAAAUAAUUUUU